UAACCCGGAACAACCUGUGCGGGCCUGAGCCUGCCCUCUUUUGGAGCUGGGGUCCCCUCCCACCUAUCAGGAGCGGUCCACCUCUCCACUCCCCGCCGGCGCCGGGGUAUCAGGUGACCUCAGGCCGGCGCAAUCACGUGGCUAGGCGCGCCCGCCCGUUGUGGCCAUGGCGUCCUCAGGCUCCAGUGUGGUGAGGCGAGUGGAGGAGCUCGGGGACCUGGCUCAGGCCCACAUACAACAACUUAGCGAAGCCGCCGGCGAAGAUGAUCACUUUUUAAUUCGGGCCUCUGCAGCUCUAGAAAAAUUGAAACUUCUGUGUGGAGAAGACAAAGAAUGUUCAAAUCCAUCAAAUCUUCUUGAACUUUACACACAGGCUAUUUUGGACAUGACAUAUUUUGAGGAGAACAAGCUAGUAGAUGAAGAUUUUCCUGAAGAUUCUUCACAAAAAGUAAAAGAGUUGAUCAGUUUUCUUUCAGAACCAGAAAUUUUGGUUAAAGAAAAUAAUAUGCAUCCAAAACACUGCGAUUUGCUUGGGGAUGAACUCCUGGAAUGUCUCGCUUGGAGACGAGGAGCCCUACUCUACAUGUAUUGUCAUUCUCUGACCAAAAGGAGAGAAUGGCUCACAAGAAAAUCCAGCUUGCUUAAAAAGUACCUUAUUGAUGGAAUCAGUUACUUGCUACAGAUGCUGAAUUUUCGGUGUCCCAUCCAGUUAAAUGAAGGAGUUUCUUUCCAAGACCUAGACACAGCUAAAUUACUGAGUGAAGGUCUAGAGCUGGUUAUGGUGGCUUCAUGGCAUCAUCAGGUUCCUAUCUUUUUCCUCCAUCGUCUUUCAAAGUGGAGUGCUACAGCUUCAGAAGGAGGAAUAUUUAGUGACAUUCAUUUGCUGGCUAUGAUGUACAGUGGAGAAAUGUGUUAUUGGGGAUUGAAGCAUUGUGCAGAUCAACAGCCAGAAAAUCAUGAAGUGGAUACUGGUGUUUCUGGAGCAAGCUACACUGCACACAAAGAACCUUUGGAUUUCCGAGAAGUAGGAGAAAAAAUUUUGAAAAAGUAUGUAUCUGUGUGCGAAGGACCCCUGAAAGAACAAGAAUGGAAUACAACAAAUGCAAAACAAAUUUUAAACUUCUUUCAGCAUCACACUAACUAGUAAGUUCAUCUAGUCCUUUUCAAACAGAAAAACAAAAAGGCUCAGGAAAUGGAAGUUCCAGAAAAGAAGACAUAUUGAUACUGAAUUUAGGAUCAUUACACUACAUAAAGAUAGCCAGCAUGGUUACCCUUUUUUAAAUGCCAUCACCAUCUUUCACUAUGUAUUCUUUUUUUUUUUUUUAAGAUUUUUUUUGAUGUGGACCAUUUUUAAAGUCUUUACUGAAUUUAUUAUAUUAUUGCUUCUGUUUUAUGUUUUGGUUUUUUGGCCGCGAGCCAUGUGGGAUCUUGGCUCCCCGACCAGGGAUCGAACCUGCACCCCCUUCAUUGGAAGGCAAAGUCUUAACUGCUGGACCACCAGAGAAGUCCCUCACUAUAUAUUCUUAAACCUGUGAAGGAAUGAUUCUUUAAUUUCUAAAAUGGCAUUUAUGUUAUUCUAACUCACUCUGAACUACAGAUAUCCUGUAACUAAUACUAAGGAGAAAUCCAAUUUAUCUCUAUAAAGAUUUUUUUCCCAUUACUUUAGUUUUUUUUUAUUGUGGUACAAUAUACAUAACAUAAAAUUGAACAUUUUAACUGUUUUUAGAUUAUUUUUUAAUCUCCCUGUCUUGAAGUUUGCUGCACUUCAGAGAUUAAAAUCAAGUCCCCUCUUUGCUUUGUAUAUAUGCUAUAGAUACAAAAAUUGGCAAAAUGAAAAAUUGUGACUAAUAUCCAUGUACCAUUUCCAGAAUAAGAUAAAUAAUGAAAGACUCCACAAAAGAAUUUUUGUUUCACCACGUACUACUAAAUGGCAUUUAAAAUUUUUAGUCUAUUAGGCAUUUUAUAAAAAUUAGAAUUAUUUUGUUUAAAAGAAUAUGCAUGGUUUAUUUAAUGAGUAAUGAAGAUAAAGCCAAGUUAGGUUAGUCCGCCAUUUAGUCUUAUGUCUCUAGAGCACAUCUUUUCAUGUUUUGAAAUUUUAAUAGCUUUUGUCUUUAAUUGUAGGAGUGAGUGUUAAAGGCCAAGAGCCCAACCUGGUAUCUUGCUGACAGUCUUUCUGUCUACCUCAGUUCCUGUUAUCUUGGGAUGAUCUGUCUGAUACCUGCCAAUAUCCUUCACCUCUGGGCCGUUGACUUCAUCACAUUCCAGGAACUUAACUCCCACGGCCUCAACAUGAAUAUCACCAUCCUGAGUUUCUCUUUCUGAAAUCUUAAAUUUCAAUAGCUAGUGACAUUCUUAUCUUUCCAGUUUUUUACUUCCUCAUUUUGAUUGAUUCUUCUCUCUCUCAUUUCUUUUGUAUCUCUUUAGCUUCCUCAUAGCCUCCUCCUCUUGCUGCCCCCUUUUCUCCUCACCAUCAGCCUCUUUCAGAUUUUCUUCCUUCCCUGUCCAGCCUUGGCCUUAUGGGGCACCAUAUGACAUGCUCUCCACAGUCUCUUCAAAUCCAUUUUCCCCUGGUCUUUCAGCCUAAUCAUUCUGCGGUCCCUCAACAUUGAAUUAAUCCUAUCGUUCCACCUUCUUUUUUUGGGAUGCUGAGUUCCAUAUAAAGUUCCUGCAGCUCCUUCAAAGUGGAAUCACUCUAAGUAUCUUGCCUUCAGCUUUAGAAGAGCCCUCAGCGUAAGCCUUUCGUCUGUUACUAGUGUGGCCCCUGUCCCUUUCCCACUGUGGCUAAUCCACACCUCUGACUUGCCUCAUCACUAUCCUCUGGCCCUUCGUUCCCUCCCCAGCACAUGGCUUUUGGUUCUGUCUUACAGAAAAUAGAGACUAUGAGCAGGUCAGUGUGUGUUUACCCGUUUGGCCCUACUCAUUUCCCCCCUUUGUAGAGGAAAAGAGGCAUCCUGCUUCGUGUUGAAGACUAGUCUCCACGCUUCCUCUCUGCCAGCUCCCUCAUUUCCCCUGGGGCUUCUCUUUUUUCUGCCAAUAUCCUGUACGUACUGCUCUUUUCCAGAAUACUUAUUUUUCUUUUUCCUCCCUUCUCCCAUUUUUCCUUCUUUCCUUCCUUUCUUUCUCCCUUUUUUCUCUUUUACUUACUCCAAAUACAGUUGACCCUUGAACAAAACAGGUUUGAACUACGUGGGUCUACUUAUACAUGGGGUUUUUUCAGUAGUAAAUAGUACAGUACUACACAAUCCGUGGUUGGUUGCAUCUCCGCAUACAGAGGAAUCACGGAUAUGGAGGGCUGACUAAAACUUAUAUGCAGAUUUUUGACUGUCAGGAGGAUUGCACCCCAACCCCCUCAUUGUUCAAGGAUCAACUGUACAUUUAUGUGAUGCUAUUGAUAGCCAUGGCUUCUAUCACCUGUAAUGUUAGGCUGACUCCCAAACCUGUAGCUUGAAUCCCAGUUUCUCUUUUCUGAACCUUCUUUCUAACUGCCUAUUAAAUAUCUUCACUUAGACAUCCCAUAGUAAUUUUAAAUUCGAUAUGUUCAAACAACUAUUCCUUUUCAUCUAAAAUCGUUUCCGGCUCAUGUUUUCUCUUUUUUCGAUCUUCCACAAAGCAGGGCAACACAGAAUGCUGUAACCUACUUUCUUCUGCCUACCUUGCCAGCCUCAUCUCUGCAGCUCUUCCUGUGUGAUCAUAUUCUAGUCCAGUGUUCCUUAGGCUCUUUUUUUUUUUUUU